AUGGUCCUGAAGACACCCCGCGCUCGCAUCAGUCUUUACUCAAAUAGCUCUACGAGCACAACAACAUCGCUGCCGGCUCAGGUUGACACGCCGCCGUUGCGAGCCAAGACACCUACCCUCGAUCCCAAAACUCGUGAAGACCUCGGCAAACAUCUUCAGUCCGCCGUCGCAUGUGCGAAGUGUCCGACGAGUGCCGCAUCGUAUGAUUGUCGAGUCGUCAAAGCGUCUGGUCUCCCUCCACACUUAGGACAUGUACGAACCACGAGGUACACCAUCGAAAUGUUCGUCGGCAACGAGGUGCAAAGGACCAAAGAGGCUCUGCGAGGUCCGAACCCUGAGUGGGAUACUACACUAUUUAGAUCUUUAUCGACGCAGGAAGGAUUCACUCCUAUCACUGUCCGAGUAGUUCGUAUACGACAUAUGCAUCCCGAGGAGCUGGUUGCGACGAAGACAUUGAACAUCGAUCUUCGCAGCGAGGUGCCACAUGGCUAUCGUAUCUUCACGUGGCCCAUGAAAUUUCAAGCCGGCUUUGACAAGCACCUUCAAUCCGAAGUGAAGUUGGAGGUUGCGUUCGCUCGCUUGGAUCGUCAAGACCCCUGCACUCAUAGCGACACGGCUGAACCAACGCCCACCGAUAUAGCCCUUGACCGUGUCAUGGCCUGUCUCGAUACCGAUUCGGAGUGGAGAGAGCUUAUAGGAGCUACUCAGAGCUUCAUGCGCGCGGUGAAACUCAUAGCAGAAAUACACCCUUAUGCCGCACUAGCCUGCACGCUACUCUCUUACAUACCUGAUCAAGCGGCCAAGAGCAUCGAACGUGACGAUCAGGUCAAGGAGCUAUGCACAGUCAUCAAAGAUGCGCUUCUGGUCGUCAAUGCGGCCAAGCCUUUACAGGAUCUAGACGACAACGCAUAUACCACUCAAGUGAAAAUCCUGACGCGCAUCACGCAUCAGAUCGCGGACUGCUUUCGCUUUCUACGCACUUACGCAGAUGAAGCUUGCAUGUGGAAUGGAAUGAUCAAGCAUAUGCUUAGUGCGGCACACGUCGAGAAGCACGUACGGCAUUAUACACAAGUCAUGGAACAUCUUUUGUCCAGUUUCUCCAACAACGCUCUGGUGCAGAUACAGAUCAGAGUCCAUAGCCUGGCUGAGCACAGCGAUGAUUCAAUACUCAAGCAUGCUAUCUCAGAUACCCAUCAUCAUCAUACUCACUCUCUGCUCCAUCCGACGAAGUCCCAUGUCCGCCAUAGCGCCGACCAUACCCACGAAGUCUUCGACCAGCUUACACACUGGAUCGAGGAUCCGAAACACGAUCUCACUCGCGCCUUCCUCAUGGUCAGCAACACUGAGAGCGCGGCGUCUGCGAUGGCACACGAGAUUGCGUCGCGCUACUCGAGCAUGCAGCGCCUGGCGUCUUCAUUCACUUUCGACGCCCCUCCGGCCAACGAUGGCCGAAACAUGUAUCACUCUCCGCAGAUGUUCCUGCUGAGCCUCGCUCGCGAUCUCGCCCGCUUCGACAAGCAAAUCAAGUCCGAACUGCACGCCUCUAUCAUGAGCGACCCGGAUAUCGCGCUGUCGGUGGAUUGCUCGCAACUUUUCGAGCAGCUUGUUCUCCGACCGGCCAAGCAGCUGUCCGUCGUGGGCCCCGUGGUGGUCGUCAUUGACGGCUUGCACCUCGGCGGCGCGGACUCGGAGAGUGCUCUCUUUCACAUUUUACUGUCACCUCAGCUUCUCCAACUGCCGGCCAACUUCAGGUUCAUACUGGCUAUGGCGCCUAGUGACGAAGUUGAGAAGAUCGUAUCGCCUGCUGUCCAAAAGAUCUACUUGUAA